UCAAAAAUUCCAGUUGAUAAUCGCACGUGUUGCGAUCAGUGAUGAAACCGAAGCAAUUUUGCAUCAUUAUGUGCAAGUGCAUUUCAUUCAAUUACCAUCAUAAAUCUAUUUCACAGUCAAUUCCAAAGUCUAUGUGUACCAAUACCUUUCUCUUCCCAACGGUUCUAAUCCAUUCGUGUUGACAAGUGCAAUCCCAAUGAGAGCAUAUCUCUCCCACGUAUUGUGUCAAAAUUGUGUAUACAACGGUACACAUUCGUUUAAAUCAAUUCGACAGCUAAUACCGGUAUUCGCGAUGCCUAAAAAUCGAACUUAUUUACCGGAUUUGCAAAAGAAUCGUAUCAAAAUGCGAGAGAAAAAGACCAAGUAUACUUCGGGUACCGCAUAUCUACAAAUUCUCGGAUCCGGUUGCAGAGGAGGAGCCAAAUCUAUAUAUUUUUUCACCGAUUUCUGCCGGUAUAUGUUCAAUUGUGGCGAAGGUACUCAGCGAUUAGCUCACGAGCAUAAGAUCAAGAUAGCUCGUUUGGAGCAUAUUUUUAUUACUAAUCCGAGCUGGGAGAAUAUCGGCGGAUUACCUGGUCUUGCUUUGACUGUUCAAGAAGUAGGAGUACCCGAUCUUACUCUUCAUGGACCUGCUGGACUUGAAUGUUUGUUCGCUUCUACGAAUAGAUUUGUAGUUUUGUACGAUCUUAGUAUUAAAAUGGCCGAAUGUAGUAAAGAUUCCCUUUACGAAGAUCCAGCUGUGACCGUUUAUUACGUUCCAUUAUUUAGUAACGAGUCUAAUAAAGAUGACGAGACUGGAGAAUAUUCAACGUUAUUAAACAGAGCCAAGAGUUCUAAAGAUGAUAUCGAUUAUUACGCUCACAUGAAAAGACAAAAUCAACACCGAGGCAAAUCUCCUCAGAAAUUUACCGAAAGCUCAACAACAACCAAAUUCACAUCAACUUCGAUGAGUUACAUUUGUAAACUGAAACCGAAACUGGGUACUUUGAAUUUAGACCUGUGUGUCGAACGAAACGUUCCUCCUGGUCCAUUAUUGGGUAAAUUGAAAAAUGGAGAAGAUAUCGUGUUAGCUGAUGGAACGAAGGUCAAAUCUAGCGAUGUUAAGGAUCCCGAUAGCCCCGGACCUGUAUUUAUUAUCAUGGAUUGCCCAUCUGAGGAUUACUUAGAGUGUUUACUAAACGAAGAAAGAUUCAAAGAGUAUCAAACCGGUGCUGCCGAAGAAGAUAUACCUAAAUAUGUUCUUCAUUUUACUCCUAGCCGAGUUAUGGAAACAGAAAGAUACCAAACUUGGAUGAAACGAUUCCCCGAAAGUGUUCUUCAUGUGAAUGUCAAUGAUUCUAAUAAUUGUAUGGGUAAUAUUGGACCUCACGUCUUACAACGUCAACUAAACUACCUCGAUGAGGAUAUAUUCCCGUUACUGGCUGACAAAAGUAUACCAAUUGUCGACGUUCCUUUAAAUAAAAAGGUAUCUCUCGAUCCAGACGAUAUCUUGAAACGAUGCGCGGAACGUGUUGCCGAACAGUCGAAUCCAAAAGAAGUCUUUGUACCGGCCGAAAAACUCAAUAUUCCUGCCCACGUCGGUCACACUUUAAAGACAUUGGAUUUAAGAGAUGUCAAGAAAAUGGAAACUCAGUUUCCACAUUGUGUCUACAUGAAUCCGCAAUCCAUAAUCGAAGAUCUAUACGUAAUAGAAUCCUUCAAAUCAGAGUAUGAUAAGUUGAAAUCUGAUUUGGCAGCUGUUUCUGAACAAGUGAAAUCUGAAAACGAGAAAAACCCAUUCCCUAUUAUUACGUUUUUGGGAACUGGUUCGUCUGUUCCAAACAAGAGUAGAAAUACCAGCGGAAUAUUAGUCACUUUCAGCGAUGACAACCACAUAAUUCUAGACUGCGGAGAAGGAACGUACGGUCAACUAGUCAGAUUCUUCGGUGCCGACGAAGCCGAUCGCGUAUUAGCUUCUACGAAAGCUAUUUAUGUAUCACAUUUACACGCAGAUCAUCACAUAGGUGCCAUUAUGCUGCUGCAAAAAAGACGAGAAGCUGUUCGUAAAUUGAACGCGGGUUUGAAAAAAGUAUAUUUUCUGGCUCCGGAACAGAUUCUGUUCUGGUUUUAUAGCUAUCAUUUCCAUUUCGAGUCCAUUCUCGAUUGCUUCGAACUGAUUGGUAAUCAAGAUCUGUUAUCUGAUGAUAAAAAGAUACCCGAAUUAGAAGAAUUGCUCAAAGUACUGAAUGCAAAAGAAAUCAAGACUUGUAAAGCGCGCCAUUGCCCUCACUCGUUCGGAGUUUCCAUUACUGAUUCGAACGGUAAAAAGAUCACAUAUUCUGGUGACACGAUGCCUACUACGAAUCUCGUUGAAUUAGGAAAAGAUUCAGAUUUACUAAUACACGAGGCUACAUUCGAAGACGAUCUGGCUCACGAAGCGAAAAUGAAAAUGCAUUCGACUGCCAGCGAAGCGAUCGCGGUUGGUAAACAGAUGAACGCCAAGUUUACCAUUUUAACUCAUUUCAGUCAAAGAUAUUACAAGAUACCUGUGAUAACCGAACAUUUCGAUGAUAAAGUUGGCAUGGCUUUCGAUAAUAUGAGAGUUCGUUUCGGUGAUUUUAAAAAGCUGCCGUUAUUCAAUUCCGUUCUCAAGUGUAUAUAUUCCGAAGAGCAAGAGAUUAUGGAGUCUAAGACUAAAAGGAGAAAACGAAAAUUCGAAGUUGUUUGAUUAUUUUAUAUCUUUUUCUAGAAUGUUUUAAUAAUAGUCUACAUUUUGUAAAAUAUGAAUAAACGUAUUUAUUUGUUAUUUUA